ACAUAUAUGAAUGGAUUAUGACAGUGUAAAGCCUACACCUUUACACCAUACCCUGAGCUGAGUGGCAGUGAAAAGCACUACAUGAACUGAACAAAUCGAUCAGUUGUGAUUGUGAUUCCAUUCCAUGUUCAGCGGUGAUUCUUCGUAAUUUGUUGGUUAGUGGUCAUCGCGAGAUUCGUGCUGCAUUUGAAUUGCAUUCGGGAGAGUGGUGUGGUUGGUGAAUAGCGAACGGUACCGCGAGAGGCUAUCUUCUUUUAACCACAGACAGCCAAAAAGUGACCACGACGUCGAUGACUCUGUCGAGAGGAAAAAGGCCGUGGUAACACGUUCCUCCUCGCGUCCAGGUUUUGAGGUUAGUCGAGGGAAAGUGGUGGUAUUCAGAUAACAUUGUUGCGGCCGGUCCGUUUCAUUUGCGGGAAGUGUCACCACGGCUGUGAGAUUCUGUUUCUCUUCGUUAGAGGUUUCUUUAAAUGACAAGCAGUCAUGGCAACGUGUGGGUCCGAUAGAAAACCGAGAGUCGUAGUUUUAGGAGGAUGCGGUUUCAUAGGGCGUAAUCUUGUCGAGUAUCUGUUGGAUAAUGAUCUCGCUUCGUUCGUCCGUGUCGUGGACAAAGUGCCGCCGCAGACUGCUUGGCUCAAUGCUAAACACCAGCUAAUAUUCGAGCAUCCUUCGCUCGAGUUCAAGAGCGCCAACUUAAUUAACGCAGCGUCUUGUCAAAAUGCAUUCGCAUCCGACGAUCGGUUCGAUUAUGUGAUUAAUUGCGCUGGGGAGACAAAGAGCGGUCAGACGGAUCCCGUCUACAAAGAGGGGAUCUAUAAGCUUAGCAUGAACUGUGCUCAGCAAGCAGCCAAAUUGCAAGUUGAUCGAUACAUAGAGAUAUCUUCUGGUAAUUUUAACGCUUCCGAGAAGAAUCCUCAUAAGGAAGAUGAAAUUGGUGAGCCUUGGACGUAUGUUGCAAAAUACAAGUUGCAAGUAGAAAAUGAUUUAAAGAACAUACCAAAUUUAAAGUAUACAGUACUUAGACCAGCUAUUGUGUACGGUUGUGGAGACAAAACUGGUUUAGCACCACGUUUGGUAGUGGGGGCAGUUUACAAACAUUUAGGAGAGAUGAUGAAAUUACUUUGGGGACCAGAUCUUCACAUGAACACAGUUCAUGUAAGAGAUGUAGCUAGAGCUAUCUGGCAUAUAGCAAACAGACCAGAUACAUUGGGUCAAACAUACAAUGUUGUUGAUGAAGGUGAUUCUACUCAGGGAUCGAUCAGCGCUAUUGUUUCCGAGUUGUUUAACAUCAAUCAUGAUUAUUGGGGUACUACAUUGUCUACAUUAGCCAAAACUGAUAUGAGCUCUGUAGUGGAGGAAGUGAAUGACAAACAUAUGGGACCUUGGGCAGAAGCUUGCAAUAAGGAUGGCGUGGAAAAUAGUCCACUGUCCCCAUACAUAGAUCAAGAACUUCUCUACAACAAACAUUUGUAUCUACAGCCAGGAAAGCUGUUAAACACUGGGUUUACUUAUAUGUAUCCCAAACUCACAAAGAAUGCUUUGAAAGAGGUUCUUGAAGAUUACGUGAACAUGAAGAUAUUUCCACAUUCAUUGGUCUUAUGAAAUGUAGCAAUGCAGACUGCCAAGAUCAAUUAUUGAAACAGCUUACAAUGACUUGUAUAAAGAACUUUUUGGAGCGUUUCACCUUGUGCCUAGUAAUCUAUGCAAGUUACGUACUUUAUUGUAUGUUAUACAUUUUACUCAUAUUUUACCCGCUAACGAAUACUGUUAGUCAAGUUUAUAUAGAGUAUACAAGAUGGAAUACGAAGAUUUCAUAUAAUAAGCCUAUCUGCAAAUGUGAUAAACUAGGAAUUAAUGUACUUAAUUUUAUCAUAGUUUGAGCUAUGAAAUUUUUGCACGUUAAGGUUGCUAGUCAAGUUUUGACACGAAUAUAAAGAGUAACGUGAAGUUGAAAAAAUGCUGAAGUGCGGACAAGAUACUAGAGAUAUUUACAUGCCUAAACUUAAUGUAUUAUAGCAUGUAGAAAUUGUUUGGAUAAAUAUUUUAGAGAAUUAUGUACAUCGUAAAAAAUGCUUUUUAUAUUGCAUUUCUCCAAGACUGGCAAAAUAAUUAUAAUUGUUAAAAAAAAAGAGGGAGAAACUAAUGAGAUUCAUGUAGAAAGUUAGGAGGGAAUUUUUUGUUUUUACAUCCACUGCAUUCCAAUAUAGAUCUUCCAUUGAGCUGUGACUCGAGACUUCAGAAAUCUUUUUAUUCCAAGCAAAUAACGGUUUCGUAAGUUUAGAAAUAUUAGAUACAUUCGAAUUAUAUAAUGUAUUAAAUCAAGUACAAAUAAUAUUACUUAAGCUAGAAAAAUAUUUCUAAAACGCCAAACGUACGAAAAUUGAGUGGGUUUAUUACACGAAAAGGUAAACCUAAUUUUGCAUCAGAUUGUAUAACAAAAUAAAUGCAUAGGCUAACGGCACUAACUGCCAAUUAAGAUUAAUAGUAUUACUCUUUUGAAACAAUUGUUAUUAAUCCUUUGAUAAUAAAGUUAUUCAUUUAUGCAAUUUAA